GCGAUAAUUCUGUGUAAAGGUUGAAACCGAAGCUUUAUCCACAAGAUGGCAGCUGUGCGUCACUCAGAAUGCCGGCUUCUGUAACAUCCCAAAGAAGAAGAAGAAGAAGAAGAAGAAGCAGCAGCAGCAGCAGCAGAAGAAGACGACGACGACGACGACGCCGCAGAAGAAGAAUAAUGAGGAGAAUACUAAACGGAAAAUAGAGGGGACGAAGUACAGUUUUGUGAACGUUAAAUUAACGCCGUUACCUCAAAAUAUUACCAUUAUACAUCGCUGCAUCAUAUUUGCUACACUAUGACAGAGCCGCAGUCAGCGCUGUUACUCAGGAGACAGCUUGCAGAGCUGAACAAAAACCCAGUGGAAGGGUUCUCAGCAGGACUGAUCGAGGAUAAUGAUCUCUACAGAUGGGAAGUCCUCAUCAUCGGUCCUCCAGAUACACUGUAUGAAGGUGGCGUGUUUAAAGCUCAUCUGACAUUUCCCAAAGACUACCCUCUCAGGCCACCUAAAAUGAAAUUUAUCACAGAUAUUUGGCACCCUAAUGUUGACAAGAAUGGAGACGUCUGUAUCUCCAUUUUGCACGAGCCUGGGGAGGACAAGUACGGCUAUGAGAAACCAGAGGAGCGCUGGCUGCCCAUCCACACAGUGGAAACCAUCAUGAUUAGUGUUAUCUCUAUGUUGGCGGACCCCAACGGGGACUCGCCAGCCAACGUGGAUGCUGCAAAAGAGUGGCGGGAGGACAGACACGGCGCCUUCAAAAGGAAAGUUGCCCGUUGUGUACGAAAAAGCCAAGAGACUGCGUUUGAGUGAUGUUCAGCAGGGAUCUAGCUUCAUGUUUUCAGGGUCUCCAAUUGAAAAUCAACAUGGCACUAUUUCCUGCACUCUUCCACCCUGUCGCCAGGCUUGUCCUCCUCUUUAUUUUUUGGCAGGAGCAGACUGGCUGCUGUAGGCUGCAAUAGAACAUAACAGUGACUACCAAGGCUGACAGAAAACCACCAAGCAAGUGCCAAUUUAAAAAAAAAAAAAAAAAAGCAAAACAAAUACCCAGAA